AUGGCAUUCAGGUGUAAGGAUAAGAAAAGUGUAAAUCUCGUUGCAGAAAAAUUAAUUAACUCUUUAGCCAUUUUUCACACUCACGCUGAAGGAGAUGAAUUCGUUUUCAAGAAAAGAGAUGUUCCUAUUUAUACAAUUCCUAAAAGUAUUACUUCAUUACGUGACCAAGCUUAUUUUGUUGAUGAUAAUUUUGCCAAAAUGCCUGAUGUAAAUUUAGGAACAAUUGCUAUCAGUGAUGAUAGUGUUGUUGUAUCAGGAUCGCAUGCCCUUUAUGAUGGUGGAACUAUUGUUGAUAUUUGUAAAUCAUUGAGUCACAAUCUUGAUUUGCCAGAGCUUAAACUUCCGUAUUCAAGUUUUGAUCCAUUCCUAAAAGAAAUGGAAAAGGCUCCAGGAAAAAUGGCAGGUUUUAAUGCUGAUGCUAAUAUUUCAUAUUUCCAGUCAAAAGAUAAUCUCUAUAAAGGAAGUAGAGCUACAUGUGACAAUAUUACAUCACAUAUUUAUGAAGAUGAAUUUAUCUGCUACAACAAGAAAGAUAACAAGCUUCAUGGCCUAUCUGAGAAUUAUUUCUCUGCAAUAACAUUGGCAUUAAAUGCUUUGAACGGAAAAUUCAACAAGGCAGGACUUUGGGAAGUUGUUGGUACUAGACCGUAUAGUGAAAAAGGUUUUGAUGUUAGACAAGGACAAUUCAUGGUUUCAAUUCCAGUUUACUCUGAUGUUAACGAAAAUUCGACUGUUGGAGAGAUGAAGCUGAAAUUCAGGAGAGAUUUCGAUUUGAAAAUGAAGGAGAAAUUAUACUUCUCCUCAUUGAAGUGCUCAAAAGAUGGAUACUUAAAUUUGCCUCCAUUUAAGGGAGAUCCUCCUAUGUUUUCUAUGAUUGGCAAUUUUGAAUGCAAAGGACCUAUUUCAGAUAUUCAUGUCUCUCUUGGAUCUGCUGGUGAAUUUCCAUUUGGACAUGUUCCAUUUAUUACCUAUUCCGUUGAUAGUGGAAAUGGAAGAAAAAGGUUUGACAUCCAAAACCUUGUUUCAAGAAGAAUUUUAAGCAUCAGAGAGGCUCAAUCUGUUGGAGAAUUGACUGUCACAGCUUUGAAGUAUAUCAAGGAUGAAAUGAAGGUUGGAGAAGCUAUUGAAGUACUCAAGAAAAAGAAGAACGAAGUUUUCAAUAGACUUAGUUCAAUUGAUAGAGUUAUUAGAUUUUAA